AUGCAUGUCAUCAUCUCACACACUGUUUGGCAGGAAAAAAUCGGAUCGGGGAGUUUUGGAGAGGUCUUUGCCGGAGAGGAUGUGCAAACGCAUGAGAAGGUCGCUAUCAAGCGAGAAUCAUCCUCAGCCCAUGUGCCUCAACUACAACACGAAUAUACGAUGUAUCAGGAGCUGUUGGACGUCGUAGGAUUCCCGAGGGUCAUCUAUGGAGGAACGGAGGGACAGUACCAUGUCAUCGUGAUGGAGCACCUCGGUCCAAGUUUGGCGGCUCUUCAAGCGGCAUCACCUGGUGGACGGCUUCCUCUGAGAACGGUGGCAUAUUGCGCGCUUCAAACUCUGCAAAGAUUGAGGGUACUGCAUGAGCGUGGGAUUGUCUUUCGUGAUGUGAAAUCGGGACAAUUCUGUGUUGGUCGUGCAGGGGAAGACAUUACCCGAUCACCAACGAUCUAUAUGAUUGAUUUCGGGCUUGCCGCCUGGUACAUCAACGACUCCGGUCAGCACAUCCCUGGCAAGAAGAUAGACUUGAAAAGGUCAAAGACAGGAACCGCGCGAUACGCCUCAUUGAAUGUGCAUCGCGGCAAGGAACAUACUCGGCGGGAUGACAUUGAGUCGCUGGCUUAUGUUCUUAUCGAGUUAGUGAAAGGACGCCUGCCAUGGUCCAACCUCCGAGCCCUGAGCUCUCGCGAAGGCUGGAAAAAGACCAUGUCAAUGAAAGAGCAAACCCUCAUCUACGAACUAGCCUCCGGUCUCCCCGACGCGUUCGGUCUGCUACUGGAGUACGCGCGCGAAUUGGAGUUCACCGACACACCCGACUACAACUGGAUGGAGAGGCUGUUUGCCGACCUGUAUCAGAAACUCAGUCCGCGUGGACCGGGAGAGGAGGGUGAACGGCCGCUGGUGUGGGGAGUUGAGGCUGAGCCGAACGGGGGAUGGUAG